AUCUACAGGCCCUCCAGUGGCGGUAACUGUUGGAAUUGUGUGGAAUCUCCAGCUGGCCCCUCCACCACCAAGACCCCCAAGACUGUCAGUUGCAACUGCAGUAUCGUUGACUCUCCUCACAGUGGCUCGAGCCAUCUUCGGCCUGGUGUAUUUCCAGGACUGCCCUCAGAAUCCAAACAUCCCAAAAUAUCUGUUAGGAAUGGCUUUGAUUUCGUCUGUGGCGCUCCUUUGGGAGAAUGAUGUUGCUCGACAACGACAGCAUCCCAGAGGUUUCAAAGCCUGUUUGCAGGGCUUUUUGGCCCUGUUUAUCUUCGCGUGGCUCCUGUUAGGUGACGUGUGGGUUUUUUCUGUCUAUCAGCCAAACUACGACCCCUCAGCUGCCGAUGGCCUUUACUGUAAUAAAACCCUGUACACGUUUGCUUUCUGGAAUGCUGUGUAUGAGACGUUUGGAUUUGGAGUUGUCCUGACCCAAUUAUGCAAAGGAUUGGUGUGCUAUGUGAAUAUGAGUCCAUUAGACACUGAUUUGUACAGGAAUGUCUGAGGGGUUGUAUGACUACUUUAAAGUUACUGUAAGGUUUUAUUCAUAUAAAAACAGUGUGCUUAAGAAAAACAUAUUGUAUAUUGUUGAUUGAUAAAAUCUCUCAUAUUUAUCAUGUUUCUAUACUACCACAGAGACAGUUUCUUC